CUCAGACUUCUGCAGGCGUCGAGCUGCUCUUUAGCUCUGUUAAGUACUUUUAUAUUUUUGCUAAUUCACCAAACAGCCGCCUGUAAUCGCUGUGAGAAGAUGAAGAUUCAUUUAGGAGUCCCGGUCCUUGUUUUCCUCUGCUUGUGGAUACCUGUUGCUCAGUCGCAGGAUGCUACUGCACCAGAAGAUCAGGAUGCAUCAGGAGAUGAUGGGGAGUUCUCAGGGUCAGGGUCUGGAGAAAUGGUUUUUAAAGACCCCACCGAUGACUUUGAAUUGGCAACUGAGGCAACUCCUAACACUUCAGUAACAGACAUCCCAGAUGUCCCUGUUAAGCUUCCAGUACAUCCUGUUACCCAGCCAUCCUCAACAGUCCCUCCUGAAGCUGAUCCUGGAACACCAGAGCUCGCCCACCUGGCUCCACUCCUGCCCACCACCCAAAUACCCGAGACCAUUUCACCAACCACCGUCCAGUCAGUCACCCCUUUCGAUUUAGGACAAGAACCAGAAGUUGACGAAACCACAGCAGCUCCUGAUGCUACACCGACGACCGUUCCUUCAGCUGACAAACUACCAGUGCCCACAACUAAGGAAGAGCUUAUGACCACCCUCAGUGAGGAUGUUAAAAUGGAAACCACAGCAUCAGUUCUGCUGGGGGAGUAUGAGGAUGAAACUACAGUUUCUUAUUAUGGGGAUUAUACUGAAGAACUUGGAACUACAGGACUGGCACUGAUCACAACAGCAUCUAGCGACCCUGCUGAUCCCGAAGCUUCAGGUGAUGAUGUUUUCAAGACAACUCAGGCUACCGUGGAGGACAAUUUCUUGGAAGAAAACAUCAUUCCAGAUGUGCACCCGAAGACUGAGGUUAAAAAAGAGGUUGAGGAGGAUGAUUUUGUCAUUGAAAAUGACAAUGAAAUUAGACACAAAGGAAGAUCUAGUGCUACUUUAGCUGACGACGAGAACCUCCUGGAGAGGAAGGAGGUCCUGGCAGGUGUCAUUGCUGGUGGUGUGGUGGGCUUGGCUUUCGCGGUCAUGCUCGUGGCUCUUAUGGUGUACCGCAUGAAGAAGAAGGAUGAGGGCAGCUAUUCGCUAGACGAGCACAAACACCCCAACGGAGGCUACCAGAAACCACAAAGACAAGAGGAGUUUCUGGCAUAAAGAGUAAACACACUGACUCUUCUUCUGUGCUUGACUGUCACUUAAAUCUCCCCAGAUUCCAUUUGCUUGGUGACACUUUGUUUUCCAUCCAUGCUGGAUGUGCAACACGGAUUGAUUUUUUUUUUUUUUUUUUUUUUACCUGGAAUUGGUGGAUGGAUCUUUAGGAAAGGUUCAGUUUGGGUUCUUCCCUUUGUAAUGAACUCUUUUACUCUGGAUUUAGAGUGUCGUUCGAAGCCCCUGUUAUGACCGAGUGACUGAAAAAGCCUUAUUGUUGUGGUUCUGCUUUCCGCCAAUGGAAAUCUCCAGCAAACGUGAACUGCCUUCUUAAUUCCACUGUGCCUUAUCUUCUGUUCCAGUGAACCAAAGUGCGCACCACGUGCAGCAGCAAGAGACCUCACCUACUUUAUAUGUUACCUUGGUAACAGAUAGUCGCUUUAGGGACAGAACAUGGAAUGCACUUUUUAAAAAAAACAUUACAAUGCUGAGUUAUGUUUUUCACUUGGAACUUGAUUCUGUUGUUUUGCUUUGCUUGUGUUUGUUUUCUCUCUUUUUUUUUGCUUUUUGUUUAAAUAAUUUUGAGUGUUCUAUGAGGGGGGAGAGUUGCUUUACAGGAUGGCAUCACCCAAAGAAUUGCCUGUUGUUGAUUUAUGCUUUCUUUACAACGUUUAUUGGUUUGUCAGGAUGAGCAAUGCAACUGUGUGUUUAAAAAUAUAUGUAAAUAAUUCUU